GGUACGUUCGUUUCAAGCGGAACCCUAAGCGACAGAUGACACAGAUGUCGCUCGCUUAACCGGAAUUGAACUUGAGUGGCAGUUCUUUAAUAUUUUCUUUUCUGUGGACCUUCUUCGUAAAACUACGAACGCAAAAUGUCGGCCCAUAAGACAUUUAUUAUUAAGCGCAAACUUGCGAAAAAGUUGAAACAAAACAGACCCAUUCCACAGUGGGUUAGAAUGCGAACAGGCAAUACAAUCAGAUAUAACGCCAAGAGGCGUCACUGGAGACGUACCAAGCUAAAGUUGUAAACAACUUUAAUUUAUCAAAUGUCGAUUAUGGGCUAAUAAAUGAAUUUCCUUUAUAUUAAUUAA